GCUUACGGCUGAGGUCACGUCGGCCCUCCCCUACAGGAUCCUGCGGGACCGGAGCGGUCCGAUAAAAGCUGCCAGAACCAUCCCCAUCCAAACCUGAGACUUCUUUGGACGGAACCACAUCUCAUACCGACACCAGACCCGCAAACUGAAGUCCACCUGAAGUGAAAGUUCACCUGGGGCAACCAUGACAAGAUCUGUUCACCUUUUCUUUCUCCUUUCUGUUCUCUGCUGCAGCCUAGCGGACAAUGCGGAGCAGCCCCGAUCCAAGCGAGGAGCUCGUUUUUACAGAGGUGAGCCUGCCAGGCAGCCCGCUAGACAGACGCUUUGGAUUAUUCGUGUCCAGAAGUCCUCACCUUCCUUUGACAAUCCCCUGCUGUGUGUGGAUAGUGAAACGUCAGCAGUGCAUGGUUAUGGGGACACAUGGCUGCGAUGGAAGGGGCAACGUGUGGAGUAUUGUCAUUGUGCAUUAAGAGGACAAGAGCGCUGUCAUUCUGUUCCCGUCAUCAACUGCUAUGCGUCUCAGUGCUACAACGGAGGAACCUGUAAGGAAUCUGUGUACACGUCUGACUACAUCUGCCAGUGUCCACAAGGCUUUAAGGGGGCUCAGUGUGAGAUCAACUCUAACGAGAAGUGCAUCGUGGGUAAGGGUGAGGGUUACCGCGGCACCUUGAGCGUCACACACUCAGGAGAGGAGUGCAUCAACUGGAACUCCACGUCGUUGAGGGGAAAGAAGUUCACGGCGAGGAAAACAGACGCCAGCGGCCUUGGACUGGGGAAUCACAACUUCUGCAGGAACCCUGAUCAGGACAGUGCUCCAUGGUGCUACAUCUACAAGGGCACCCAGGUUAUCUGGGAGCUCUGCUCUUUGCCGAAAUGUUCAGGAGACAGGAACAGAGAGUGCGUGCAGGGCUUGGGUAAGUCGUACCGAGGAACAGCGGCUGUCACUAAAAGCGGCUCCGCCUGUCUUCCGUGGGAUGCUCCCGCCGUGAGGCGCAAACGCAACAAUGCCUGGAAGUCAAAUGCGCUGGAUCUGGGGCUGAGCAACCACAAUUUCUGCAGGAAUCCCGAUGGGGAUUCAGGCCCGUGGUGUCACACCUACAAGAAAAUGCAGCUGACCUGGGAGCUGUGUGACAUCCCAAAAUGCUCAAGAGCUCCAUCCACCAUCACCACUCUUGGCCCUCGAGCUCCCACUACAAAUAACAACCAAGCAACAUGUGGCCAGCGUUUAGAUAACACCCUCAGCCGCCCGGCCUUUCGCAUAUUCGGCGGCAGAGGAAGUGACAUCACAGAGCAGCCCUGGCAGGCAGCCAUCAACUUUUACGUUCCCCGUCACAAAAGACACUUCCACCUCUGUGGAGGAGUCCUCAUCGACUCCUGUUGGGUGCUGUCCGCCGCGCACUGCUUCCAAGAGAAGGACAAGCCUGAAAUUCUGCAGGUAAUUUUGGGACGAACAUUUCGAACGCAGAACUCCAACAGCGAGCAGAUUUUUAAAGUUGAAAAGUUGUGGAUUCAUGAGAAGUUUGACAGUGAAACAUACGACAACGACAUCGCUAUUUUGAAGCUGAAAACGGACAUUGGCCUGUGUGCUGUGAACUCUGAAGAGGUUCUUCCAGCGUGCCUGCCUGACCGUGGGCUGGAGCUACCCGACUGGACUGAAUGUGAAAUCUCUGGCUAUGGAAAAAGCUCUGAAUUUUCUCCAGAGUUUUCCGAGCGGGUUAAAAGAGGACACGUCCGCUUGUGGCCCAAAGAGCGAUGCACUCCAGAUGUGCUGUCUGAACGCACGGUCACAUCAAACAUGCUCUGUGCCGGAGACACCCGAGGCAAGGAUGACGCCUGCAAGGGAGACUCUGGUGGUCCUCUUGUUUGUCGGAACCAGAACAGGAUGACUCUUAUGGGCCUGGUCAGCUGGGGAGACGGCUGCGGGGAGAAAGAUAAGCCUGGGGUCUACACACGCGUCUCCAAUUACAUUGACUGGAUUAAUAGAAAAAUUCGAGUGAAUCCGGUCUGAACCUCAGAGGGCCUGAAAGACGGGCUUGAACGGCCCACGAAAACAGAAGGUGUGAAACAGAAAUCCUUAACUCUGCUGGUUAACCGGUGGCUCUAAACCCGAGCAGAUGCAGAUUUUUGUCGACGCAAGAACAUACUUGGGGAUGAUGGAGCUCCUUGUUCCCAAGUUUCCUGUUUCUUUAGGUGUAUUUUCAACAUUUCAUUGUGUGCAGACACAAGAAGAGAACUGGUUUUUCCUCACAGUGGGACAAAAUUUAUACUUAAAGUCCCACUCAGAUCAUUCUUUGAUCUAUUUUCAAAGCGUUCCCGGUGGUCUUUUAAUUGGUUAUGUCAUUUUUAGCCAAAAUUUAAAAACAUGUAGUUCUACAGUUCAUCAGAAAUUGUGUGGGUGGAACUGUUGGCGCAAAGCAAGCCCACCCCCAUUUCCCAUGAUGCAUCUGGCUUGCCUGCUGCCCCUCACAACGCCAACCUAACAUUACCAGUGCAAUAAAAAUGGCGACCAAUAUUGGAGCUAGUCAGCCCUACAGUUUUGAGCCAUAUUCCAGCUCAGAGGAGGAAAACAGAAAUGGACGUGGAUCUAUUUGUCUACAAGUGGAUCCAUCAGAGGGUGUGACCUGCCCAGUGUACUUUCUAUGUAACAAAUACAAUAUUUUCUGCAUUUUCUUUGGCUAUUCCUGAUUCACAAUGAUUUGAAAUACUCAGAAAUGUAAUUUUGCGCUGAAUUUUGCUGAUAUAUGUCCUCCAUCAUCAGAAAAGUGUCACAAAAAACAUGUUAAAAACACUAGAAACACAAUUUUCAUCAGAGUGGGUCUUUAAUGUGUAUUCUCAGAGUUUCAUAAAGUGCAGACAAAGGGAGGAACUGUUUUCCUCACUGAGGGACAGCUGAGGAACAAAGUUUUAACAUAGUGAUGCCGCAAUCUGUCAUCUAUUAUAACAAAUAGGAAACAUAAUAAUCCCAAUUUUAAUUAUUGAUUAAACUCCUCAGGAAUGCAGUUAGAGGACAAACACUUGGGUAUUUACAGCAUCAUAAAAACGCACAAAAUAAAAAUAAAUGUAUGACUUGAUCAUAUAAUAAGGGGGUGAAUGUUACAGGACAUUAACAGUUGGUUGUCAAAUCACUUCAGCACUUUCACUUGGCAGAAAUGUUCCUUUUGACAGUGGCAUCAGCUUUGCACAGUGGAAUAAAUCACAGGGACAUUUCUCUGAAAGAUCAUUUUCUGAGGUUUAUGUAUUUUGUAAAUAUUAACAUUAAAUUAUCUGUAUUAACUAACUGGAGUUCCAUAACUGAGUCAAAAGAACUUGAAAGUGUCUGCUGGUUCAGAUUCUGCGUCUUUUCACUUAUUUUUAAUCCUUUUUCUUUCUAAAUGAGUGUGUGAUGAUUGUUCCAUUCGGAAAUCAGCAUGUCUGUUUGCCUGAGGAAGACUAAGACAGGCCUUAUUUUCUACCUGCGCUCCUCUCCACCUGACUCCUUGAUCUCAUCAUCUAUAGAUCGUAUUUUUUCUUUUAAACUUAUAUUUAAACUAAGAUUAUGUGGAUAAUGUUUUAUACUGUUUUGUAAAAACUUUAAAAAGUUGAGUUUCAUUCUGUGUGGCAUCAUUAUUUAUUGUCAUUGUCAUUUAAACCACAUACUAUGUUACAAUUAAAACAUUAUUUUUUAAAAGGUA